ACAUGGAUAAUUACGCCAGUGAUGAAGACACAGAUGAGGACUUUGAUACCCAGCUCAUCAUCCAGGAGAGUUUACAGGACAUUCACAAGCCGGGAACUACACAGCAGGCACCUGCAGAUGAGAGUUCCCAUUCCUUUGUGAGCGCUGACUAUAAGAAGAUAAUUGAAACAAUAGAGACAGGUAAGGAAGAUGCAUUGGCACGCCUGACCAAGUGCCAUUCUGCUUUUGAUGAAGCAGAUGAGAUAGGCUGGCUUCCUCUGCAUAAGGCUGCGGUGCAAUUAAGCAAGAACAUUUUGGAAAUAACCUUGAAAGCUUCAAAACCCAGUGUGUGGGAGCAAACCACCCACAGCGGGGAAACGCCACUUUUUUUGGCUGUCAGCAGUUGCCUCUUAGAAAACACCAGUUUUCUUCUUGUCAACGGCUGCAAUCCAAAUGCCAAGAAUUCUGAAGGCAAUUCUCCUCUUCUUACAGCUGUUCUACGUGACUCCUAUGACAUGGCUGCCUUGCUGAUCAGCCACGGGGCAGAUGUCAAUCUUCAGUGUACCAACGAGAGGACCGCUCUCCAUGAAGCAGCCAAAUUGGGCAGGCAGGACAUAGUAAAGUUGCUGCUGGUUUCUGGGGCUCACCCUGAUCCACGGAGCUCCUAUGGAUUCACUCCUCUUGCUCUUGCUGCCCAAAGUGGAUACACUGAAAUCAUGGAAAUGUUACUGCAGAAAGGAGCUAAUGCUCUUGGUCAGGCCUCUGACUCUUCUUCCAUCUUACUUGAAGCCGCCAGUGGAGGAAAUCCAGAUUCUGUGACUCUCUUGCUAGAGCAUGGAGCUGAUGCCAACAUCCCUAAGAAUUCAGGCCACCUUCCCAUUCAUGUUGCAGCUGACAGAGGCCACUUGUUAGCCCUGAAGAUUUUGGUUCCAGUUACGGAUUUUGCUGCCAUUAAGCAGAGUGGCAUCAGUCCAGUCCACUGUGCAGCAGCAGGAGCACACCCCCAAUGCCUGGAAUUCCUCAUCCAGGCUGGAUUUGAUGUAAAUUUCAUGCUAGAUCAGAGAAUUCGCAAACACUAUGAUGACCAUAGGAAGUCAGCUUUGUAUUUUGCUGUAUCAAAUGGUGACCUCUCUUCAGUUAAGCUGCUUCUGAGUGCUGGAGCUCUGCCCAAUCAAGAUCCAGUUAACUGCCUCCAGAUAGCCCUAAGGAUGGGUAACUAUGAGCUGAUAAGUCUGCUGCUACGGCAUGGGGCCAACGUCAAUUACUUCUGCAGAGUCAACCCUUUACAUUUCCCGUCAGCACUGCAAUACACAUUGAAAGAUGAAGUCAUGCUCAGGAUGCUCUUGAACUAUGGGUAUGACACAGAGCGAUGCUUUGAUUGUCCCCAUGGAAACAAAGUUCAUCCUUGCUAUACUUUUGAAGGCUGGACAUCUACAGUUAUCAAAGACACUAUGUUCUGUGAAGUAAUAACUUUGUCAUGGCUGCAACAUCUCUCUGGGAAGGUUGUUCGAGUGAUGCUUGAUUAUGUUGAUCAAGUUCGAAUCUGUUCAAAGUUGAAAGCUGUGCUCCAAAAACAAGGGCUCUGGUCAGAAAUCCAUUUUAUCUUAACAAACCCUCGAUCCCUCAAACAUUUGUGCCGCCUAAAGAUCCGGAAGUGUAUGGGGAAGUUACAUUUGCGCUGCCCUGUCUUCAUGUCAUUUCUUCCAUUACCAAACCGUCUAAAAGCGUAUAUCCUUUACAAAGAAUACGAUCUUUACGGACAAGGAAUUUUCACAGGAACCUGGUAAUCAAACUGGAUGAAAAGGACAACAAACUGCCCCUCACUACUGGCUUGGUUUGGUCUACUGGAAGCAGCUAUCAACCGACUUUGUUCUUCUAAGUCCUAGUAGAAAAGACAGAAAAGAAACUAAGUUUGUUUGCAAUCAAAUGCAAAACUAUGCAUUUAAAAUAUGUACUUGAGAGCUGCUCAAUCUUUCUGUCAUGAACAUGUAUGCAUAAUUCUGGCAACUUACUGAAAACAAAGGCUACACACAACCAGUGCAACACCAAAGUGAAAUUUGGCACCAUUUUAGAAAUCCUGUAAAAGCCAACCCUCUUCUCCAUUUCUAUGGCUAACAACAUUCAGACCAUCGUUAUCUUUCACUACAUACCACACCAAAUGGCUCACAACGGAUCACUCCACAGCCCUUCCCUUCCACCUCUCUGUCCAACUUACCUUGCUAAAUCAGCCGUUGCCCUCCUCAGCCUAACCUAGCAAGGAAGCCUCAACUUCAGUGUCAUCGUCAAGUCCCUCUCCUUUGUCCAUAAGUGCAAUCAAUUCCCAAUUCCUGCUGAUCUGUGCUCAUUAAGUAUCCCGCAAAUUUCUCUUUGCUGUUGCUACUACCACCACCCAUAACUAGGUCUGACAAUCUCAUGUAUCACCAUCUAAGGCAUUUUCCAUAUUUUGCUCUGAAACUUGCCUAACUUAAUAUUAUCCUGUUGGAUGGACGAUGAUUUGACACUGCUGGUAACAUUAAAUAUUUACAUAAAUAUUUCCUGGAUAUUCCUGGAGGCCAACACAGCUUCCAGCAAUGGCAGUUAAGUCUAUAUACACACAGCCUCUCAAAAGACCUGCUUUGAUAGCAACAAACUUCGCUGGAAUAUGGAAAUAUAAGUUCUGGUACGUUUGCUAAACAGCAAGUUGACGACACAUCGGUAACUAUAACGUAAACAUCCUAUCAGAAGACAGAUGUCUUCCUUUUCUGCUGCGCUAUGAAUCAUCUGAUUAUGAAGUGGCUGAGGAAGCAGAAACAGAAUUUCAUUUGGAAAUUCCAACCUGAAAGUCACAGUGCUGAAUUAAGGAAAUUUCAUAAACAUCGUAUCAAAAAAGAUCUAGAUACUAGGACUACAUACCUUUUCGAUUUGUUUUUGUUUACUGAGUUCUUUCUGUUGUUUCUCUUUUACCCUCUCUAUUUCCUUUUGUUUUUCCGAUGCCCUACGAUCCUAAAACACAGAUAAGUACAACUAAUGAAUUAAAUAUGAAAAACUUUAAAUUUUAGACUUUUCAAUUCAUAUGGCCUUUGUAACCUUUUCAUAUUUUUAUAUUUACAUGAAAGGCACACUAAAAAUAUACAUUCUUAGUCAUUUAUCCAAAUUCUAAAUACUGCAUCAGCAAUAGUAUCCACUGAUAACCUUGCACAGCAAAAUCAUUUUAUUUACUUGCUAAUAUGAAAGAUCUUAUAUUACUUUAGAUAACAUUCUUGGAUAAUUAAUAAGUAUCUUAGAUUCUUACCAGUUCUGCAUGCAAAGCUAUCUGUUUUGCCAGUCCAACAGAAUCACAAAUCUAAAAGGGGAAAAAAUAGGAAAAACUCAGCCAGUUCUCAUUCAAAGUAAUAAUUUCAAGUAUCCAAAUGGCUGGUGCAACUAGAUUUACAACUCAUUAUAACACACUGCUUCAGACAAAACCUGAUUUAAGAAUGUUUCAGUCCCCAAACGAAGCACCUGUGUAUUUUCUUCAGUCUGAGUUUCCGCUGCUGCGUCUCGCCUCUUUCACACACCCACCUUCCGGUUAUCUCAAAUUCAUUACUGAGAUGCUAAGGUUUGCAGAGAACUAAGCAGAUGCUGAUGCUGUUCUAAGCUGAAGACAUCUGGAAAAGGCUGAUUGCGGGAAUAUACUGCAGUCCCCGAGUAAGGGAUGAGGCCAGAAGACUGCACUAGCCCUCAAUGGCCAGGGAAGACACAGGUCUGUAAGUCAGAAGGCCCAACAUAUCGGCUCAGAUACCUUCAGAGCAACGGGCUUUGGUCAAACAACUCUGCUGAAGUAGGCCAACUUUGGGAGUUUUUUCCAGAAAUCUUACUAAGAACUUUGACUAUGAUAUAUAUUUCACAACCUAAACACAUUUUGAAAGGCAAUGUAUACCUUUUCCCCCUCAUUGUUUGAUUCAAAUAUGUAGCAGACUGAUGACAGAUUACUUUCACUUCUGCCCCCUGAUGUCCGAAGAACAAAUCCAAAAAGCCUUUUAUUUUCCUGGUGUGUAGCAUACAAAACUACACUGGGUAAUGGAAACUGCCAAAGAAAACAUCAGAAGCAAACAUGAGAUUUUUCAAACACUUACAACUGCACUCUUAUACAUAACAAACUCAAUUACUAAGUUAUAUCAUAAACAGAACAUUAGAGCCAAUUUUUUUUUUUUAACAACGUGGCAAUACAAGAACAAAAAUGUCAUAUUUGGCUUGGAUUACCAGGCAGAAUAAGAGGUUGUUGAAUGCUGAAUUUAUUAGUCAUUUACACAUUUUACAUUAACAAAUAGAAUAACAAAAAUGCUCUAUAUUAUUAAAUGAUUAAAUAAGAGCAUAUACUUGCAACUAUUUCAACCUAGAUAACUAUAAACUCAAUCAUGUUCACCUUUUAAUUCCUCCUGUGUUUAUCCCUUAACCAGGCAGCAUAUAUCAUAUCCUAAGAAAACCUAAGUAUCACAGCAGAUUGCACAAUUCUUUAAGUUGCAUGGAAUGUUCAAUUAUAACUUUAUGGGGGAAGAUGUCCACCAUCAGCUUAAUUAUAACUUAGCCAAUCAUAAUUACUACCAUAUUUCAAUAUAUAGGUUCAGAAUUAUUAUAAAGAUACACAUGUGUAUGUGCACAGAGGGAUUUCGAAUAAAGCUUUAAACAUGCCGAACUCAC